AGCUAUAUGAAGCCACAAGAGGAACUGAUUAAACACUAGGGGCUGAAAUGCCAGCCAUACACAGGUGGCACCCAGCUCUAUGUGUCCCCUCUGGCAGAUGUGACCAGCUCCCUUUCCCUACUGUCCUGGUGCCUGGCUGGGACCAGCCCCUGGACAAAGAGCAGCUGGUGAACGCUGCACCCAGGUGAGACAGAGGAGAUGCUGCUAUGAAGAGGGAAGUGCCGUGAAGAUCUCUCCUCUUCCAUAACUUCCCCCACGAUCGAGGGCACCUGCCCCUCGGGGAUACCAGCUGCCCAAAUAGCCCAUGCAGCACGAACUACCCCCCUCCAACUGUGACUAGCCAGAUGAUCGUGCCCUGUCCUGUCUGACACAGACCUGGCCAGGGUGAGGACAUUUGGGACCUCCUGGCUCCAUUAGUGCAUCUCAGCUGCCAGGAUGGAGCUGCACGCCCUGGGAAUACGCCAACUGGUGCCAUGCACAGCAGCCUGUCUGCUUAGCAGCAUGCCUGUGCCCUAAGCACAUCACUCCAGCACUGCACCCCAUUGAAUAGAGUCCAGCAGAAGAGCCUGCUGUCCCAGCCCUCCAAGGAACUGGCGCUGCUGUCUGAGAGAUGCCUCUCCCUCCGUGAGCACAAUGUCCCAUGACAACUAUUUUCCUCCGGGGCCCUGACAAUUUCUCCAAUGGGGGAGGUUUGUGAGUGCAGGAGUCAGAAUUCUCAUGGGAGCAGGGCUUAGACUGUGGAACUCCCUGCCACAUGAGAGAUGAGACCACAGGCCUCAGAGGGAUCAGAACUCAAUGCAAAACUCAUCUCUUCAGCUUAGCUUCCCCUCAAGAGCUCUCCACUUGCAGGCUUUGUCUUCACUGCCAAAGAAUGUGUGUUUUUACACUGAUAAUGGACGCAGGAGGAUAGGCGAGGUCAACCAUGGGCAGGGGAAUAGUGUUGACUCGGGGUAGGACUUGACAGUGGGCUGGCUAACGUGCAGUCAUGACCCCCCUGUAAAAAAAAUCCAUCUGUUUUGCAGAGAAGACAAUAGCCACAGGCAAGAUAAGCCGUAGCCAACCUCACCCACUUAAACACACCAGAAAAAAUAAUGCCAUGUCCUUUAAAUGAAGAGAGAGUUUGUGUGAUUGUAAUUGGACUUUAAUAGCUUGGCAGAUAUUCAGCUACUCCCUGAUAAUGCAAAGAGUCUAUAAAUAAAUAAAAAGUAAGGGUGGGGAUCAGCAAUUCAGUGAGAGAAGGGAUGCCUGGGGAAUCAGUGAGACCGGGACAGUGAUGUGACUAAGCAGACCAGGCUGAGAUGUCAGCUUCUGGCUUGCAAUGGGGGUAGAGCUGAGCACAGACUGACUCCGCCUUGGAUAGGAUCUCUGAAACAGGUCUCAGCCGCAGAGUUCAGAUCCAGAUCUCAGCUCCCCAAAGGUCAAAGCAGCAAGGUUCCCCGCCCCACCCUUUUCAGAGGGUUGGAAGGGACCUCAGGAGGUGUCUAGUCCAACCCCCUGCUCAAAGCAGGACCAAUUCCCAACUAAAUCAUCCCAGCCAGGGCUUUGUCAAGCCUGACCUUAAAAACCUCUAAAAACCUUUCAAUUGGCUUCCAACCAGGCCCACAGUGAGCAACCUCCUGAGCGGUGUGAAGCCAUUUCCCAGCCCCAGCACAUAGGAGACCAUUCCUGGCCAAUAAGCAGCCAGAGUGGGGCUUGCUGUCUGCCUCUCCCACAGCCCUGGGGGGUGGAACUGGCCCUGCUUACUGAACCUCUCACUCUGUGUUUACUGAGAAAUCUCAGCCAAUCUUGAAACCCCACCCCUGCUGGCAGCUGCCUGGUGAGCCAGGAACCUGUCGGCUUUCUAGCCCAUCAAGCCUGCCUGCCUGGAGCUAGGUUACAGAUAGGGCCCUCUCCACUAGCCGCCAAUGGAAACCUGUCCUGUGGUCAAGUGGCACCUGGCCCCAAAAGCCAGUGGCUCCACAAGUGAACAGCAGUGCCUGCCACAAGCUCCCAGCCCUGGCUGUUUUAUCUGCAUGCUCCGUGCCCUGGACUCCUGCCGUGGUUGGUAGGGCUGGAUUUUGCUGUGCCUAGCAGGAGAAAUGGGGAAGGAGUGCAUGGUCUCCAGUGACAAUGUCUUUGUUGAUGUCAAUGCUGCAGAUGGAUACAAAUGGUUCUGUUGUUCUCAGCCCUGGAAGGGAGGGUUGUGAAUGAGCUCUCUGUGCUGCUUGAAGUGGGAGGAGAGAGGAGCCAGGGAGCCAGCUAGGGUGGUGGUGAGAGCUCACUCUCCGGACAUUCUCCCUCCAGGAGAUGGUGGGAGGAUCCAGCCCCAGCUCCACUCCUGGGAGGAGAGACUGAGAUCCUGGAGAUAGCAGGCACCACUGGGAAGAAACUGCCUGCCCUGAGGCUCCAGAGUCCCAAGCUGAUGGCAUGGCUCUGGCACCAUGGAGAUGGCAUAGGGAAGGUGGCCACAACUUCUAGGGAGGGGCGAGCUGUCUUGUAAGAGCUGGCACUGGGAUAACUGCCCAGGAGAUUCCAUGUCAAAGCAACAUUCCAGCACCCUUUGCAUGCAGUCUGGUCCCACUGAGCCCUGGAAGAAAAGGGAAGUUUGCAGAGAGGAGCUUAAGCCAAAGAAAAGGUGACCGCAAUGCUGCAGAAGAAGCAGCACUGGAGGUCCAUGUGCAAGGGGCUUGUUCUGGGAACUGUCCUGACGAGCUUCAUGCUGCUGCUGUACUCCUAUGUGAUUCCACCCCUGCAAGUCAGCACGAUGGAGAUUCCUAUCCCUUACUCCUGCUCCUCCUAUCCUGCCCAGGCCAGGGUGCCAGAUGUGGCGAACAGCACCCACAGUCCCCCAGGGCAAGGGUGUCUGCCCAAGCUGGACAUCAUGUUCAUGAAGACACACAAGACAGCCAGCAGCACCAUCCUAAACAUCCUUUUCCGCUUUGGUGAGAAGCACCGCCUUAAGUUCGCCUUCCCCAAUGGCCGCAAUGACUUCUUCUACCCCUCCUACUUUGAACGCAGCCAGGUCCAGGACUACCAGCCCGGCAUGUGUUUCAAUAUCAUUUGCAACCACAUGCGCUUCCAGUACCAGGAGGUGCGCAAGCUACUGCCAGCUGACACCAUCUUUCUGACAGUGCUGCGGGACCCCGCCUACCUCUUUGAGUCCUCCUUCCACUACUUUGGGCGCAUCAUCCCCCUCACCUGGAAGCUGCAAGGUGAGGACAAGCUGGCAGAAUUCCUCCGUGAUCCAUGGCACUACUAUGAUCCUAACGGGUUCAAUGCUCACUACCUCCAGAACCUGCUCUUCUUUGACCUAGGCUAUGACAACAACAUGAAUGCCAACAGCCCCUUGGUGGACCAGUACAUCCAAGAGAUCGACCAACAUUUCCAUCUGGUCAUGCUGUUGGAGUACUUCGAUGAGUCCCUAGUGCUCCUGAAGGACCUGUUGUGCUGGGAGCUGGAGGACAUCCUCUACUUCAAGCUCAAUGCCCGCAAGGACUCCACUGUCUCCAAGAUGACGGGUGAGCUCUAUGAGAAGGCCACCUACUGGAACCUCAUUGACGCCAAGCUCUACCGCUACUUCAAUACCACCUUCUGGCGCAAGGUGGAGGCCUAUGGGUGGGAGCGAAUGGCCAGGGACGUGGCUGAGCUGCACCGGGAGAACGAGAAGAUGAAAAGCAUCUGCAUCGAUGGAGGGCGCCCUGUGGAUGCCAAUGCCAUCCAGGAGUCCUCCAUGCAGCCAUGGCAGCCGCUGGGCCAGAAGUCCAUCUUGGGUUACAACUUGAAGAAGAAGAUAAACAAGAAGCACCGGAAGCUGUGCCGCAAGAUGCUGACACCCGAGAUCCAGUACCUGACCGACCUGGGCGUCAACCUCUGGAUCACCAAGCUCUGGAGCCAUGUGCGGGAGUUUUUAAAGUGGUAACAUGUGAACUGCAGCUGUCCCCAACUCCCUCCCCUCCGCUGUCCCCAUCCCCACCCAAGAGAAGAACCAAGUGAUUUCAUUUUAAUUUCUUCCUUACGUCUGUUGGCUGGAUAGGGGACAUGACGCAUCAUCAAUGAUCAGAACUGGCUUGAGGCUCCAACAGGGAAUAGUAAGCUAGAGACCACACCUCCCACCCCCUAUUCUGGAGAUCUGGUUACACAGGAGAGAAGAGGAGCCUCUGACACUUGCAAGUGGACAUUCACUGGGGUGUGAGUAAGGAAAGAGUCAGUUGGCCAAUCCUCCCCCCACCUAGUUCCUCAACACCAUCAGUCUGGGGUGCUCCUGGGUCAGUUUCCACCACUGCAUCCUCAGGUCAGUGCUGCACCACUCAGUCCAGCCACCUUAGCCUGCUCCCCUGAAUGAGCUGAGGGCAGGCCCUGGGGAGCACGACCUGGACACGGGACACUAGAACUGAUUACAGUAUCUUACUAGUUGUUUGGGGGUUGCUUUUCCCAAUGUUUUUUUCCCUUCUAUUUGAAAGCUUUGGGAGCAGCGUCUGUGACAGCGGGAUCCCAGCCCGGGUCCGUCACUCAUGUUAAUAGCAUUAUAUGUGUCACAGUGUAAAGAGACAACUAUAGGAGUUGCAAGUGUGUGUGUGUGUUUGUACUGAUGGCUGAGUUUCUGUGCUGCACACUGAUGAGUGUAUGCUUUAAUGUGUAUGUGUUACUCCAGCUGCAAGAAUGUAUGUGCAAUGCAUUGCAAUGUGUGAAGGAAUCUCGGGGGGAUGGGGGAUGUCAGAUGUGUUAUACUGUAUGUUCUGGGUGUGAGUGCGCUUGUGAACAAUACAUUACUCUGUGUGUGUGUGUGUGUGUAAAUAGUGCAUGACAGUAAACAUUGGAAUUAAGGGGGGGAUGGCCAGUAUAUUUGCUGGUGGCUGGGGGGGAGCCUUAGUCUGUUACAUGACAGGAUUCUCUCUGUGUGUAAGAGACUAAUCUGUUACACUGUGUAUAUGUUGUGUGAACAGUACUCUGCAGCAAACAUUGGUCUCUCUAGGUGUGUCUCUAUGUCACUGUGUGUAUCAGUGUGUGCAGGGUGUGUGUACAGGAAUCUGUGCAUGAUUGACAUGUGGUGGCUGUGUACAGUACAGUGAAUGUCCAGAUCUUGUCUAGGGGAUGUAAGAGAUGGAUGUGUGUGUGUGUGUGUGUGAGACAGAGAGAGAGAGAGCGAGCGAGCGACAGAGAGCACAACCUGUUCUUGGGUGUAUUGGGAUCUGUGUGCAUAUUUCACUCAGUGUGUGAGAAUGUGACCAGCCUGUUUGCCUGCGUAUCUGUUUAGAGCUGCACAAGUCACACUAUGGCUGAUACACCAGACAACACUCAGCACUCUGUCCAUUCUAGAGACAGCUGUUUGCACUGAUUCAUACUGGCCUAGAGACGGUCAGUUCCAUGUAGACCAUAUACAGUCUGUGUGUGAAGGUUAAUAUGUGUCUACAUGCUAGUUUUUAUCUGCAUCAGAGGGCUUAGUUGGCCACAGUAGUCUUCUACCUGCACUGACUCAGACAAGUCCAUAUAUGGAAAAUAAUGCCCAAGGCAGCGGUCCUUAAAUACAUUAAGAUGGCCAAUGUGGCACAUUUAAUUAAACUGGUUCUCCCAUAGCAUUGAUUUUGAACAGUCUAUGCAUGAGUCAUACCGCUCUGAGAGGUAUAUAUUACCAGCUCAAGCUGCACCUAGCUCAACCUCUAUGUACAUGUUUUUAUGGCGUUCAGUCUAUAGUUGGCCAUCGGUCCUUAUAGCACAUUAUUAACUAGCAGCCAGCAAAAUGAUGUUAUUGUUUGAAGCAGCAUCAACACUUGAGUUUCGGGCAUGUAUAAAAACCCCACUACACAAGCCUUCUCUGGUUUGGUUUGUGGUCCUUGAAUUUUUAACCAGCCUGGCAGGUUCAAAGCAAAAGAAAAGAGAUGAUGAAAGUCCUUUCAGGGUGUCUGUCAACAAAAUCCUGGCCUCCAACAGCUGUUGCCUGUGGAGCUUUCACUGCAUGAACCUGGCCACUGUCAGAUCCUUUGCUGCGGGGGUCUCAGGCCUAGGGCUAGACACUGGACAGUAGGUUUCCACUGUAAUCCAUAGCUCCAGUUGCCCUGUGUGUAUCAUUCCCUGAGCCAGCAUGGGCUCAGUGCUCCAAGCUUCCCAUCUUCCUGUUGGACCAUGGCUGGUUGGCCCUCAGCAGAGCAAAGCGUGUUCUCUUCCUGCCUCCAUACCACCAGUUAGAGGGUCCCAUGGUGCCCCUCCCUAGAGGGGAGGCUGGGCAUGAGCCAUGGAAUCUGGUGAGAACUGGUGGGGGUACAGGGAGGGCUUGGAAGAGAGGCUGAGGGUGCAGGACAGCAUGUUCCCUGCUUUCUGUUCUUGCUUUGACGCUUGGCUGGGGUGGGGAGUCCAGAGGGAGCAGGAGACAAGCUCCCAGCGGCUUCUAUGCUUAUGACCCCUCACAAUGAGCCACCCGCUAACCCUGCAGCCACUGCACCUCUCUGCAGGAGAAUGGGACAGAGCCAAAGGGCGAUGGGACCCAACUAGGGUGUUUAGUAUGAGGGCGAUGCAGGGGGAUCAAUGUGGGGAGGGACUGGGCUGAGCAGCAGCCAUCAUGGACGUGUUAGGAGGGAGCCAGCGAGCAGGGAGGGGCCCGAGGAUGGUGCAGCUAGAGGCACAUCUCAUUGGGCUACCUAGGGAGUAACCAGAGCACCAGGCCUGGAACCGGGUGGAAGCAGCCCAGCUGCACAGAGGCAAGGAGGGAGGGUGGCAAGAGCAGACUGAGGGCAGCCUUUUGAGGGAGCACUGUCUGAAGAGGGGAGGGGUGGGGAGAGCCCCUGCUUGGCGCUAAAUCCCCCAGCUUUACAGCCCAGCUAUCACCACGAGCUUGGACUCUGGGAUUGCAGCAGCUGGAGACUCCCUGGCGGUGGGGGAGUGGGACAAGAUUCCAGUCACCCCCCAGCAACACCAGGAAUUUCCAGCAGGGGAGAACUCACCUGUCCUGCAUUCGCAGCCCAGGGUCCUCUGCCCCCACCCCAUGGACUCAACCUCCCGUGGCUGCAGGGGAGCUGGGGUGGCUCUACCGGCACAGUGCUUGGUUCACACCAGGGGCAGCAGUUCGAGGAGUGACAAGAGGCCCAGUGAGAGCAGGGCAAGCGCUAAAGGCCUCUCCCCCCACCGCCCAUAUGCAGCUGCUGGCAAAGGGGUCCUCUGCCGAAUCUGCAGCCCAGGGUGUUCCAGAGGGGGCAUGGCGGGGAUUGGGUGCGGUGGCGUGUGGCAUUGGCAAAGGAGCUGGUUGCAGGCAGCUGGAAGAUGGGAGCCGGGGUGAUGCCCCCACCCCCCAAGACAACUGCUUGGAGCAUAGGCCGCAGGUUCAUGGGGCCGUGCUGGAGAGAGCCUUGCCUCACAGACAGGACUUGGGGGGCAUGUUAGGGUGAGAGCAGGCAGCUUGAGGGAAGUCUGGUCCCUGUCUCUCCCCUGUGAGUGGACUUUAGGAGGCAAUGGCUGGUCCUGGGCCCCGUCUGCCCUGGCCCCCGUCUUUAGUUCUCAGCAGCAUCUCCAGGGCUGUGGCAGAAGCGUGAGGGCAACCCCUAACUGGCUACUGCAGAGCACAGUGCAGUGCUGCAUCCUCGGGGUGACCUAUGGGACAGCAGUGCCAGCGCACCCUCAGAUGCAGAAGGAGCUGUGCAGGCGGGGAUCUGUGGUCCUCAUGCACAGCCCAUGUGCUUUAAAGCAGAAGGUAACCCCAGACCUUGCUGUCAGACGGCAUCCUUCCUCCCCCAGCCACAGCAGUUGGGUGCCGUCGAUACUCCUUGGCAGGAGGGUGUCUAAUGUUCUGCUCUGCUUGGAAAGACAGGGACUAAAAUUACCAUUUUGUAUGACAAUUAUACUGUAUAUUUGACAGUUUUUAAUAUAUGAACCAUUCAGCUGU